AUCAGAGCUAGGUUCUGGAAAUUAAGUUAACAUUGAUUGGUUGUAUCUCAAUAUUGCGAAGCCAAGGAAACAACACAAUCGAAAACAACCCAAGAAAACAAAUUUGCCCAUGAAAAGUACCCAUCACAGUGCCAAAUUUUGUGGGUCCGGCAUAAUUGUUUUCAUCUCUCUUUGUUGGAUUUUUCUGUUAACUUGGAAACAUUAACAUUUUGUAUAUGCUUUGAACAUUUGAGGAAACAAUAUGGAAACAAAGAAAAAAUUUGAAAAUUCAAUUGCAAAACAUUCCGAAACAUUGAUCGAAACAUACCGAAAAUGUCGAAACUUUCUGAAGCACGUUGAAAUAGCAGAAUUUCGAUAUUGAGUGACUGAUUCUUUUCAGAUUCCAUGGAAACAGAAAUGUUUUUGGAUGUUUCGGCCCUUUUGAAAUGAAAUUUAGUUCUUUGCUCCUCAGAAACUCUUUAAAAAUUGAUGGGAAAAGAUUGACUGCAUCUAUUUAUAGAUCCCAAAGCUUCUAAAGGAAGCCUCUUGAAUACCUUGUAGAACUAACCCCCAAAGAACCUACAUAAUUUUACAAAACACCUAAAAACACUCGACUAGAAAAUCCUCAAUGAGGGCAGCUAGCGUCAGAAACUUUUACAGAGGGUUACGUAUAUCAUGAAUUGAUGAUGGAUUCUCCAUCCGCACCAGAUGGCGUCUUAGUUUAAAUUUUCAAUUAUUCUCAAACUCAACAUGUCAAAUUUAGAAAUGUCAAAACAAUAAUUCUUCCACAAUCCUAGACUAUGCCAUAGAACCAACCAUAUCCCUUGUCCUUCCUUAAGACUUCUGCUUUUCUAUAGUUUUGACAAAGGCAACUGUGGAGAGUUGGUACUAAAAAUUUGAGGUGUCAAUGCAUUCACUACCACUGCUCAACUUGCACUUUUCCAAACAAUCAUCCAUUUUGGGAUGGAUUAAUUUACAAGGGGAUACACAAGUCCAAUGGAUUUAAAAAGACUUGCAGAUGGUGAGAAUUAAAGUGCGGUUUUAAAGGACGCGAGAAUGCACACGUUAACUGGCUCAUGAGGUGAAUUUAUUUUUUUGGUUAGUCAUGCAUCCAUUUUUUUCACGAAGUAUGAAUGUGAAAUUUGGUGGUCCUAAUGGUGAGGAUAUAUUCAGGAACUUAUAUCUGCUUCUGUUUUUCUUUUUGUGUGUGUUCCUUUUGUUCAUUCAGUUUUUCGUUUGUUGUGGUACUUCAUGUUGGGAAGUUAAAAUUAUCCCAUAACGAAUGUCGUUUAAACUUUUGAACCGAUGAGGGACAAGAAGAUUAUAAUUGGAUCCUCCAAUAUGGAUUAAAAAUUUGGAACAUUAACCUGUAAAAAAGAGUUCUUAACCCCCUGAUUGCAACAAUCAAUUUUUUUUGGAACUCAUGUAGUACUCCUUGAUUUGUCUGGACUCUGAAGGAUUGUUAACCUAACGAUUCUUAUGCUCGGUCUACAUUGGGACUUCUAUGUGCCGUGACAAUAUGUGCAUCUUUAGUUUCAGUGAAGCAAGUGCUUCUGGGAUAGGUCUGGUUAUUCUAGUCUGUUAAGCUUGCACAGAAUGUGGAUUAUUCACAUUGUCUUAAGCUUGCCUUGCAAAAAAUAAACUAGGUAAUGUUGUAAUCAAUGGUAUUGGAAAAUAGGAUUCUCUUCUCAUGACUGCAUGUUUAUACUUAAGUGAGUCGUUUCUACAGUGAAGCAUUUGUAUAUCUCAUUUUGUCUUCAAGGUGUCUUAAACUAGUGCACAUGGUAUGUCGAUAGGAUAACCAUGCUAAAAUUUCAUUAUCUUGUCAAAUACUGUUAGGUCCAUCAUCGAAAAGCUUGGUGAUGAUAGAAUGUCAAAGAUAAAGAUUGUAGGGCAUGAGGACGUGGAACGGAGUUUUUAUGGCCAACUUGUUCUCGGUAAGGGGGUAUCUUCCAGUUUGGAUGAGGAAUUAGCUAAGGAAGCAAGCAAAGCAGCUUCUGCUGAAAAACAAAGAAUUGCAGAGGAGGUUGCAGCCAUACUCAAGCUGAGUGUUGAGAUUGAUACUAGCUCGAGUGAAAGGUUUUUGAGGAGAGAAAGAGAGAGAUCAUAG